GGGCAGCCGGCUGCGCGCGCAGCUGCCAGCGUGGAGACGGGGGGGCUGAUGGCGGAAGCGGGAGUCCGGCACCGGGAGUGACAACAGGAUAUCGAGUGUGGGAGGUCGCGCCCUUGGUCACCCGAUCGUCUCUUUAAUAAAAAUAGAACAGACUGAAGCGAAGCGACUAACGAGAUGGAAAAGUCCUUGGAGAAGAUGGUAGACCCUACAUUAGCUGAGAUGGGGAGGAACCUCAAUGAGGCUAUGAAGAUGUUGGAGGACUCCCAAAGGGAAGCAGAGGAAGAGAGAGAGAAGAAGAAAUAUGCCAGAAAAGAUAUUCCUGGACCAUUGCAGGGCAGUGGACAGAAUAUGACAGCUAUUCUUCAACUUGUACAGAACCUUAUGCACGGAGAAGAUGAGGAAGAAUCACAGUCCCAUCGCAGAUUACAGAACGUUGGAGAACAGGGUCAUAUGUCCUUGUUGGGUCACAGUUUAGCAGCGUAUAUUUCUGUGCUGGACAAAGAAAGAUUGCGAAAACUGACUACAAGGAUUUUGUCAGACACCACACUUUGGUUAUGCAGACUUUUCAGAUAUGAAAAUGGUUCUGCAUAUUAUCAUGAAGAUGAUCGGGAAGGUCUCCUGAAAGUCUGCAAACUCAUUAUCCACUCAAACUAUGAAGACUACGCAACAGAAGGUUUUAACGUCCUGCAUAACAAGCCCCCUGUCCUCUAUAUUAGUGCUGCCUGUAGAACAGGUCUGGGCCAGUAUAUCUGUAACCAGCUUGGUCUUCCGAUCUCCUGUAUGUGCAGUGUGCCUUGUAACACUAUGUUUGGAUCUCAACAUCAAAUGGAUGUUGCCCUACUCGAAAGGCUUAUUAAAGAUGAUAUCGAAUGUGGAAAACUUCCUGUGUUACUUGUGGCUAAUGCAGGCACACCAGGCGCAGGACAUACAGAUAAACUUGCCCGGUUAAAGGAACUGUGCAAUCAGUACAAGAUGUGGUUACAUGUUGAAGGUGUUAAUUUGGCCACGUUGACACUUGGUUAUGUUUCCUCAUCUGUACUGGCUGCAACAAAAUGUGACAGCAUGACCUUAACCUUAGGACCCUGGUUAGGUCUCCCAGCUGUUCCUGCAGUGACACUAUACAGACAUGAGGAUCCUUCACUGUCUCUAGCUGCGGGCCUCACUACAAGUCAGCCCGUUGAGAAACUUCGAGCUCUGCCCCUCUGGCUCUCUCUGCAAUAUCUAGGACAUGACGGGAUAGUGAACAGAAUUAAGUAUGCUUCUCAAUUGAGCCAAAGAUUGCUGGAAAAUUUAAGAAAACUAAGUUCUAUCAGAACGUCGGAGGUAAUCACCAAACCCAAGGAGUUGACAUUUACUGGGAAGUCUGUAGGGAAUAUCUUGGGGAAUAUUCUUUUGGCAAUUGUUGAAGAUGAAUUUAAUUCUCCAGUGGUAGUGUUCAGAUUCAUCCAGGACCACCAAAAAUCAGAUGGAGCUCAGUACCAAACUGCUGCAGUUCAGGAAUCCACAAAGGACAGCAAUGAGAGAGAAAUUGAUGAUGCCCUGAAUCGCUGGUUAGGAGAACAGCUAGGACAGUUGGUUCCAACCAGUGGGGUGGAUGUUGUCGAAUUGGAAGAUGAGGGAGUGUGUGUACGGUUUAGUCCAUUGAUGACAGCAGCAGUCCUGAACACCACGCCAGAACAUGUGGACCAAUUGGCUAAAUGUCUGAAAGCAAAGAUUCCCAUUCUAAUUAGCACCUUACAGCUUCGUGAAGAAUUUAAGCAGGAAGUUUACCGGACAGCUGGCCUGACAUAUAUCGAAGAUCUGAACUGGCCUGGAUUAGGUGCUGUACGAUAUGAAGUUAGCAGUGAAGAACCUGACCCAGAAAAGCAACUACUAGCAAUGGAGAAAAUCACUACCGGAUUGCUAAAGAAAUUGAAGGAACUUGACUCAGACCUGAUAUUCUCAACAGGGCCUGAGUUUGAAGGUGAGAAGAAUUGCAUUUAUGUCGGUAUGGUAACUGAUAAUUUGGAUGUGCCAGAACUAGUGGAAACAAUUGCAGCCAUGGGCAGAGAAAUUGAGGAAAGUUCAAAGUUAUUGGAGAACAUGACUGAAGUAGUACGGAAAGGAAUUAUUGAAGCAGAGCAACAGUUACAGAAAGCAAAUGAAGCUAGACUCCUUGAAGAGGGACUUCUACGACAGCUUCCUGUAGUUGGCUCAGUACUUAACUGGCUAUCCCCAGUCCACAGCUCAGUUCAAGGAAGAUCAUUCAAUCUGGCAGGAGGUUCUCUAGAGUCAACAGAUAAACUUUAUGCACUAAAAGCCCAAGCCUCUGAAGGAAGCCCACCCCCAACACCCACAAUUAUUCAUACCAAACACAAGUCACCAGGACAGAAACUGUUUAGAAGGUCUUCCAGGACUUCUGCCUCUGAUACAGUCAGUGAAACUUCAAUGGGUCACACAGAAGAAAUGGAAGAAUCUCAGACCAUCACAGAAACAACCAGACUUGAGGGUGAAAAUGAAGUUCACAAAAGCCCUACAUCUUCAGUUCAGCUGAAUGGUGAUUUGGAAUUUCCAAGACCCCCACAGCCUGAAGGAAAAGCUGGUGGAACUAAUAAUGACACAAAAGUUGCUCAUCAGACCUCUGAACCAGCAGAAGCUGAGGAUUUAGAGAAAGAAGAUCUUAGAUAAAACAAACAAAAGUGGUUAGACUUUGUACAUGGAAAAAAAAGCACAUGUCCUAUGGUUGGGAUACAUGGAACCUUUACUAAUGUGAACUGUGCCAUGCGCUAGUACAGUAAGGAUACUACUGUUGUAUGCCUUUAAUUAGGACUUUGCACAUUACUAUGACAUGACUAGGAAUCUCAAUUGUCAUUGAAAGGUUGAUUUAAAAAUUGAUCCUAAAUUAAAUCUGUCAAGGGGCCUGAAUCUCAGAAGUGCAAUUGUUGUUUCUUAAGAGGGCUAUGUAAGGUCCACUAUUUUCUUCCUUAUAAUUAUCAAUCUGACUCACUACAUUUGCAGUACAAUUACAUAUACUUAUCACCAUGAAUAUGGGUUAAUUUGUAGUUUAAAAGUAGAAAUUUUUCUAUUGCUGUCAAUAUUUAAUUGGGUGGGGAUCAUUUUAUUUUUGUUCAUUUUGCACAUUGGUGGUUUUGUCCUUUAUCUGUGACCACCUCCUAUGUACAUCUCAAGACUCAAACACUGAUGCUCGAUUGCUAUUUAGCUUCAAGGGGGGAGAAAAAAGUUAAUUUAGUGUUUUGAUUCUUACUUACAAUCAAAUAAAAAUUUAUUUGAAGAA